CACGAGACAGACAGCAGGUCAGGACACUCGGCUGGGAAACAUGUUGGUAAUACAUCGUUCACAUGAUCAGAGACUGUUCACGGUGUUAGAUGUUGAUAUGGUGCAUUACAGUAAAUUAACAACAUCUCUUAUGGCUUCAGGGCUGAGACCCAGUUAUCAGAAGUCAAGGAGACUGAAAAUCAUCUGUAGUAAAAUGAAAAUCUUUGAACGAGCAGCGAUUAAAUGAACCAAUAAAGUUCAACUUACUCAGGUUCUGUUCUUUAAUACAAUUUUCAUCUGCUUCACUUGUGUAUUUCUUUUUUCUGCUACUUUAAACUUCAUCUCCACUACAUUUACUUGAUAAAUUAAUCUAAUUACUUUAUAAAUUCAGAUUACUCUGUAUAUAGGUUAUUAAUAGUGUCAUUUUCAAAAUGUGCAACAGACAAAGCCUUAGAAUAUCACAAUAUCAGAAUAAAUAUCAUAUGAAGUGAGUUUGGUUUCGCAGGUUGAGGCGUCGUCUCUCUGAACGAUGACGCUUCACACGCCCUCGACCUCCACAGACUCGUGAAUCAAUCCAUUUAAUUUCCAUGUCAGCAACUGAAGGAAAGGUGUGAGCACUGAUACGUUCUUUAUUUUAAAUGGGUCUUGAUCAGAAUCAUUACCACAGCAGUCAGAGCAGCAUCAUUUGAAAACUGAGUGAAAACAUCUGCUGUGACAUCACAGAGGGGGCGUGGCCAGCCGACAGGUUCAGGUUUCCCUGGAGUCUCAUUUCAUUUCAUAACAACCAAAACCAGCGUUAAGGUUACAAGACGUCAGCCUCUGUGAACAAUGAUGCUGUCAAAGAAAAACUAAAAAGCACGAUCGACCUGACGCGACAUCUUCAUCACAUUAAUGACUUUAAAAAGCUGAUUAGCUCGCUGACGUGCAGUUCUGCAUUAGUUUACUGAUGUAACAUGAAUCACCAAGGCUGAAGGCUCCACCUGCAAAAUGUGUUUAAAUACUGAAGAUUACAAACUUAGGGAACAACAGUGAUAGAGAUGGUGACCUGGAAAAGAGAGAUGCAGCCGUCCAUCCGGAGGAAACAGAACUCAGUUCUGCAUGCAGCAACUUUCAUGAGCAGCCGCUCGGCCGGUUCUGUGGAGAUGGAGGAGGUUCUGUUGAAUCCCCGGUUCCACCUGGACCUCUGGCUCGCUUUCACUCUCCAGAACUGGAUCCUGGAUGUGGGCCGGCCUGUUGUCACGCUCGUCCUCCCUGCAGACUGGACUCCUCUGAACCGUCCCGGUGCUGCAGAAUACCUCCACAUCCUGUACAACAUCACCGCACCGCUCAUACUGCUCAAAAUGCUUGAACGCAGCCCGAGGACGCUGCCCCGCACCGCCGUCCGCCUCGGCGUCAUCACUGUUGUCAUGGGGACCAGCCUCCACCUGGCCGCCGACUCCAUCACCCGCCGGCUGAUGCUGAUUGGCUACCAGCUGCACCUGUCGGUCAGAGACAACCCGGUCAUGAAGAACCUCAAACCGUCCUCUCUGAUCGACGCCUUCGAGCUUCUGUUUUACUACGACGACACUCUGGGUCAUCUGAUGUGGUAUGUUCCUCUCUUCCUCGUCCUCUUCCUCUUCUUCAGUGGUUGUUUCAGUCACAGGAAACAGGAGGAGAAGACGCCGGCAGCAGCGUGGAUGCUACUCAUCCCCAACGCCGCCUACUACUGGUACCUGAUCACUGAGGGACAGACCUUCAUCCUCUUCAUCUUCACCUUCUUCGCCAUGAUGGCCACAGUGAUGCACAAGAGGAGGCGGGGCAUGGUUCCCGAUGGCAACGGCCUCCUCACGCUCUACAGUCCGAGCUGUCUGGUUGGUAGUUUCUCCGCAGCUCUGGUCCUGGUGGCGGUCUGGGUUGCCUGGCUGUGGAGCGACGGCGUCCUGAGGAAGAAGCAUCCCGGCCUGAUCUACGUUCCACAGCCUCGCACCGUAUACACACUGUACCUGCAGCAGAACAACCACACAUAACACACCUGCUGCUGUAAACCCCGCCCCCCCCCAACAGACUCAAUGUGUCUGUAAUCGGACCAGAGGAAAGCGGAACCACAGGCUCUGCAGCCAGACAGAUGUGAACGGACAAUCAUUGGACCUCCACUGCUCUGCUAGUGACGUUCAAAUGUUGUAUCAGUCUCAGACUGUGCCGACCGUCUGGCCUCAGUGUCUCAUUCUGACCGAUUCUGUGGAGACCGAGCUGACCUGACCUGCUCAGACGGCCUGUCGGAGCUGCUUCUCAUGUAUUUAAUUUAUAUAGAUUUUCCAUUAUUCUCAUCUAAACUGGGCCCAGUGUGUGACCCCGACCUGGCGAACCCCCACUGGGUUUAACUGUUGUUUUUCAUCUUGGCUUAUCUGAUCAAGAUUAGCCUUGUUUCAGAGUCACCAUUUAAUCCUACUGCUCUACGGCUCGGUUCAGGAGCAAAGUCGCCGUUGCCUGUAUUUUAUUUCCCCACACGUCUGCUUCUCCUGUCAAACCAUCAGAUAAAGACAGAAAACCCUCUUCAGCUGUGGGUGAAGGGAAGGAUCCAGAACAACUGGAGAGAAAAGAACACUAACAAUAUAACAACAUGCGGACGAUGGACCGGCUCCAGCCUGAGGCGACGACACAAAGGGGGGAAAGACGCUGAUAUUAUUAUUAUAAGUAGUAAUAGUACUAUACAAAUAUAUUCAUGUAUUGUUUUGUGUUAUUGUCUGUGUAUUUUGUGACACUUUUGUCUAAUUUGCGCCCUUUGUUGUUGUUUUCGUUUCCACAUUGCGCUGAUAAAGAAACCCCCUCUGUACGUUUCUGAAAAUCACAGAUAUGUUGAAGUUUUCUAUUUUUAAUGUUACGACUGCGCUGGGCUAUGGUCUGGUUAGGAGUUAGAUACAGAAACCACCUGGUUAGAAGAGGGAAAGAUUAUGUUAUUGUGUUACGAUGCCACAAAUAUGGCUGAAUAUUGUCCUGAUGUAAUGUUGUGAUAUGGUCUCAAACAGUGUGCUCUGACACCAUCAUCCCCUCCACUUCCUGAUAUGAAUUACAGCUCAUAUUGUAGAAAUUCUCUAUGUAAA